AUGGCUGACAGGCGCAGAGGUCGUGGUAGAUCCAGAACCCAGAAUUCAGACUCUGAACCGCCAAGUGGUAGUGAAGGUUUUCAAUGGCCUCAGUUUAUGCAAAAGAUGCAACAACAACAUAACCAAUUCAUGCAACAGAGGAUGCAACUGUGGAAUGAUGGUUUACAUCAUCGAGGGGUUCCACAAGGAGCUGCAGGUGGUAGUUUCCGAGAAUUCUUCCGCAUGAACCCUCCUAAAUUCCAUGGUGGUUUGAAUCCUGUGAAGGCUCAGGAAUGGAUAACCAGCAUGGAAAGAAUUUUUCAAGGAGUACCUAGGGAUUUGGAGCAUUUUAAGACUAUUUUCCUAGAUAUGUAUUUUCCUAGUUCUUUGAGGACUCAGAAAGAGUUUGAGUUUCAACAGCAUAGACAAGGUACUAUGAUAGUAGUUGCAUAUCCUGAGAUGUUCGAAGAUAUGGCUUCUUAUUCUAGACAGGCCGCGUACACACAUGAUGAGAGGUGGAAGAUUAAUCAGUUUCUUUUUGGUGUGAGGGGUGAAAUUUCUCAUAGUGUUUCUCAAAGGGAACUCACUACUUAUGCUAAAUUGUUAAGGCAAUACUAUGUGGAUAAGAACAGUUUGAAGAAAGUUCAAGAAGAAAGGGAUCAGUAUAGGAGUGGACAGAGAGACCAAGGGAGGCUAGGUAGCCAGUUCAGGCCUAGACCUCAGGCUUUCAAAGGAAAGCAGGUGCAACAUGCAAGACCUAACCAUCCUCCUCAAUGUCAAGUGUGUAAGAAGUCUCAUUUGGGAAGAUGUGCUGGAAGUGGAAUUAGGUGUUUUACUUGUCAGAGGGAGGGAUACAUAUCUAGGAAUGUCCUCAGAAUAAGAAUCAGAUGCAGGGGAGGAGCACCGGUCGAGUUUAAACUUUGGAUGCAAGGAAGUAUAAGAGCAACAAUGCCUUAA